AUGGCAGCGACACAAACGACGGCGGCAGCUUGCCCACUUUGUCGCCACUACAGGAGGAUGCUGAAGCUGUUCGGCGUGCUGGUUGUCCUGGGACUGGCCCUGGCGUACAUCACCUCCUGGGUGCUGGAUAGCUAUGACACGGCUUGGCACCCGAAGCGAAGCGUACGGGAGCCGGCUGCCGUCGGGGACGGACAUGGGUCCAGGGGAAGUUCCCCACCGUUUCCCGGCGACAAGCUGGACAACGUAUUCUGGUUUAUACAGGUGUCUGACAUUCACAUAAGUCGAUUUCGUGACCCGAAGCGGAUUCCAGAUUUCGAAAGGUUCUGCACCGACACCGUUGAAGUGAUCAAACCAGCUCUUGUGCUUGCAACAGGUGAUCUGACCGAUGCCAAAACAGAGAGCAAGGUGGGUUCUCUCCAGCACGAGGUGGAGUGGCAAGCCUACCACAACAUCCUGAAGAGGUCGCGUGUGAUGGAGCGCACCAGGUGGAUUGACAUCCGUGGAAAUCAUGAUGCUUUCAACAUUAUUUCAUUGGACAGUAUCAACAAUUAUUACAGUAAAUACUCAGCCAAUCAGAAAGUGGGGUCCUUCCACUAUGUACACAAAACUCCCUUUGGCAACUACUCCUUUGUCUGCGUGGAUGCCACUUUGACCCCGGGACCCAAAAGACCUUACAAUUUCUUUGGUAUCCUCAACCAGACUCAGAUGGACCUGCUGGACACGUUCAGAUCUGAGAGUCUGAAGAGCAACCAGUCCCUCUGGUUUGGCCACUACACCACCUCCACCAUCGUGUCCCCUUUUCCAGGAGUAAGGUCCAUGAUGAGAUCCGCGGUUGCGUAUCUGUGUGGCCACCUUCACACCCUGGGGGGCCUGAUGCCUGUCCUCCAUAGCCGACACCCCCAAGGCACCCUCGAGCUGGAGCUGGGCGACUGGAUGGACAACCGCAGGUACAGGGUCCUGGCCUUUGACCACGACCUGCUGAGUUUCUCGGACCUCCGGUUCGAGCAGUGGCCUGCAGUGCUCAUCACAAACCCUAAAGACGCGCAGUACCUGCACCCGGGGGUGGAGCCACUGGGCCGAAUGCGGAGAUCAACACACAUCAGGAUCCUGGCUUUCUCAGAGGCACCUAUCACUGCAGUGCAUGUUAGCAUAGACGGGGAGCCUCUAGGUAGAGGUCACUCUGCCGGGGGCCCACUCUAUGUUCUGCUCUGGGAUCCAUCUGUUUACCUUACGGGACUGCACACGAUCAGAGUGAAAGUGGAGGACCUGGCGGGGCGGUCGUCGGUCCAGGAGCAGCACUUCACUCUGGAGGGCGGCGUGACUCCCAGCUUCAGUUUCUCCCAGUCCUUCAUCCUCCUCACGGACCACUACGUCCUGGGUCGAGUCGCCUUCAUAUUUACCAUGUUGCUAAAUCUGAGUGUGCUCCUAGCCUUCAGGUACCUCAGUGUUCCUGCUGGCAGAGGACUGUCCUCCCAAGUGUUACUGUCCCUCCAUCUGGUCAGUAAAAUAGACACCUUCUACUACUCCCUGCUGCUGUUCAACAUGUGUACAGCCUUAGGUCCAUGGUUUGUAGGAGAGCUGAUCGACGGCCACAGUGGUGCCUGCUUCGCCUUUGGAGUGUUCAUCGACGGACACUUCCUGGAGGGCAGUCUCACUUAUGUUAUAGGAGUCAUUCAACUGCUUUUCUUCAACAUGCCCCUCACCUCAUACCUCUGUUGGAGCCUCCACCAUCGUUGCCAUGGCAGCACCUUCCGAUCUCACUUCCUGCGGCCGGGCCGGCGCUGGCGGACUCUGGCGGUUCACCUCUUCAUGCUGCUGCUGCUCACCUGGCAGGUCCACUCCUGCUACUUCCUUCUGGAGACCUACGGCCCCACGGCCUUUUUCCUGUCUCCAGUCCGCACGUGGGCACUAGGGCUCGGCCUGCUACUGGUCUACCGGGCCUGGACAGGCCCCGCCCCUUUGGUUCGUGACAGCAGCAAGGGCGCUUCUUCCUCUUGA